GUUGCAUGUGCGGUAUAAAUUGGGAAAACCAGCGAUGAGAAAUUGUUAGAUUUACCCUCAUAAUUAUUUCCUUUCCUCCGAUGUGGUCGAGUUUUUACACUUAGUUGCAUUAAGCAUCACCAGUAUUGCUGCAAGUCAGAAGAAAAGACCUUGGACUAUGGCAUACUAUCGAAGUCAGAGGAAGCCGUUGUGCCUGUCUCCUGACAAGCUUGAGGAGUGGUACAACAGCCUACAGGAAGGGACGGGCUCCUUCAAUGUUCACUGCCGCAUGGCCAUCGACGAUGUCGUCACCUCCAUUCACAGGAUCUGCUCGUCCAACCUUGUCCCAUUUGAUGUCGACAGGGUGGUCAAGAGUGGCUCGCUCGGGAAGGGCACAGUGGUCAAAGACCUGUCUGACGUGGACCUCGUGGCGUUCGUCAACCCGCCCCACCUGCAGCCCAUCAUCGAUGUUGGACCGCAGGAAUACAAGAAACAGCUCGCUGAAGUACUCAAAGACAUGGCGAGGGCUCUUGGACAGCUGCAGAACGUGCGAUCCAUUGAUAACAAGGGAUUCCUGAUUACGUUCAAGCUCAUCAAUAUCGGCCCUCGGAGUGGCUCUGUGAGCAUUGACCUCAUGGCUACGGCCGACUGUCAUCUGGGGGUUGCAGAUAAUGUGAAGAAGUUGUUUGACGCUAUGCUGAGACAGCAGCGAAGCGACCGGCUGUACUACUCCCCGGCCGUGAUCGAGAACCAGUUGGCAUUCGUCAAGGGGCAGCCGACCGCGGUAAAGGCGCUCAUCCGCCUGGUUAAGUAUUGGUCGUAUGAGUUCCUUCCAAAGGGUCUCCAGAAGUCCUACAAACUGGAGCUGAUCACCAUCCACUGCUGGGAGAGCGCUGGCAGGCCUUUGCGCCUCGACAAGGCCCAGGGGCUGAGGGCCGUCAUGCUUAUGCUCAGCAAUUUGUCGCAGUUGCGAGUGUACUGGACACUGCACUACGACGCAAUGAGGGCAGAGGAUGUGAUCACUCGAUUUCAAAUGCGAAGACCCAUUGUGUUGGACCCAUCCGAGCCAACUGACAACGUCUGCAGUCUCUACACUGAAGGGGACAACAUGCGUCUGGUGCGAUCAGCUGCCCAGUCGGCGCUCCAAUCCAGGCUCCUGCAAGGCGUUCAGGUUCGCCAGGGCUGGAACUAGUGACGAGUCUUCCCUAACGACACACCGGAAGCCACGUGACCAUAUCCCUAAUCCCCACAGCUACCCCAACCCCAAAAAUGUGACUCAUGCGGGCCUGCCAUUACAAUCAAACCAGCAUAACAGUUUCUCUUUACAAAUACUAUGAUGCAAAGCUAAUGCUGAAACAAUUAAACACGAAAACAAGCUUGUAAUUUAUUUUUGGGGGAGGCGAACACGAAAGCUGUGUAUACCUUCUUUAUUUUAACCUGUAAUAGGGAAGAUGUAGCUUUUAGGAAACGCGGGGAGGGGGGUGUGAAGGGGGUUAAAGUGAAGGUGUGCCAAAGGCA